AUGAAGACUACAGCUAGAGCCUUCGCGCUCCUGUUGGCCCAACAGGCCGGCGCUACCUAUAUACCUGGUGGUGCUGGUGGUAGUGUUGGCGGAAGCGUCGGCGGAAGCAUUGGAGGAAGCGUUGGCGGAAGCGUUGGCGGCCACGUUGGAGGAGGUGGCAGUGUCGGCGGUGGCAUCGGUGGUGGUGUCAUCGGCGGCGGCAGCGGUGGUGGAAGCGGUGGAAUCAUCAUCGGCGGAGGCGGCAAGGGAGGCGGCCACGUUGGUGGUGAGAUUGGAGGCGGCAUCGGUGGUGAGAUUGGAGGCGGCAUCGGUGGUGGUGUCAUUGGCGGAGGCCAUGGUGGUGUUGGCGGCGGCAUCGGCGGCGGCGGAAGCGGUGGCAUCAUCAUUGGUGGCGGUGGAGAGGGAGACGGUCAUGUUGGCGGCGGAGGUCAUGGCGGUGUCGGCGGUGGCAUUGGCGGUGGCAUCGGCGGAGGUGUCAUCGGCGGAGGCCAUGGCGGCGUCGGUGGUGGCAUCGGCGGCGGCGGAAGCGGUGGCAUCAUCAUUGGUGGUGGAGGAGAUGGAGACGGUCAUGUUGGCGGCGGAGGCCAUGGCGGCGUCGGCGGCGGCAUUGGCGGUGGCAUCGGCGGUGGCAUCGGCGGCGGUGUCAUUGGAGGCGGCCAUGGAGGUGUUGGCGGUGGCAUCGGCGGCGGCGUCAUUGGAGGCGGCCAUGGAGGUGUUGGCGGCGGCAUCGGCGGCGGCGGAAGCGGUGGCAUCAUUAUCGGUGGUGGUGGAAAGGGAGGUGGCCAUGGCGGCAUCGGUGGUGGAAUCAUUGGCGGCGGCAUCAUUGGUGGUGGCAUCGGUGGUGGCAUUAUCGGCGGUGGUCACGGUGGUAUCGGUGGUGGUAUCAUUGGUGGUGGCCACGGCGGCAUCGGCGGUGGAAUCGGUGGAGGCAUUGGCGGCGGCAUUGGAGGUGGAAUUGGCGGAGGCAUUGGCGGCGGCUGGUGGGGUCCUGGAACUUGCUUCCCCAUCCCAGACAACUGUGAUAACGAAUGUACCCCCAGCCAGGAAGCUGGUUUCAGCUGGUCUGGUCUUCUUGAGGGAGCCAUUGAUCUCUAUGAGGGUUUCAACUUCCGUGGUUGGACUUGCACUUCCGACUUCAUCAAACCCGGCUGGAAAUCCAAUUUCCAGAAGAAAUGCAUCGUCGCUCAGCUUGGAUGUGAUGUCGAUGAUAGCGUCCCCCAGAUUAGCCUUAAGGGCAAGUCUGGAUUCUCCGUUAAGACUUUUGAGGUAACUGCUGAGGUCAAAGUCGAUGUUACCUUCGCCUACGACAUGCCUGAUGGCUCCAUUUGCAAGGACGUCCAAACAUGUGGACCUGAGGGCACCGUCAUCCGCAACACCCAGUGUGGUGGUGCCACCGCCAUUCGUUUCUUCCUCCCAACAUACAACAAAGUCAAGGUCUGCAAGAUCGCUAUUCACAAAAUCGAGUUCAACUGUGGUCCACCAUCUAUGCCACCAACCAUCUCUCUCCCUGCACCACCACAGCAGACCAGCACCGUCAACCCGUCUCAAUCUGUUCCAGUUCCCCCAUACCCAACUGGCCCUAUCCCUACUGGCGGUAUUCCAACCGGUGGUAUCCCAACUGGUGGUAUCCCAACCGGCGGUGUUCCUACCGGCCCAGCCCCAACUGGCCCAGCUCCUUCUUUGACGACUUCCACCGUUUACAGCACUUCCCAAAUUACCAUCACCAGCUGCGGCCCUGAAGUCACCAACUGCCCUGCCAGCUCCACCGUUGUUGUCACCACCGAGAUCCCAAUCUCUACUACUGUCUGCCCAGUUACUGACACUGAACCCGUCCCUGUUCCUACCGAUGAGCCAAGCUCAAGCCAAUCUGGUGGCGGUGCUCCAGGAUCUACUUCUGGUGUUGAGCCAACUGAGAGCACUCCUGGCGCCCCCGUCCCAGUUCCAACCACCUAUGUUACUGAGUCCACCUCGACCGUUUACACUACUUCCAUGGUUACUAUUACUAGCUGCCCACCAGGAACCCCCGACUGCCCUGCUGGUUCUACCGCCAUUGUUACUUCUACCAUUGCUAUCUCCACCACCAUCUGCCCAGUUACCUUGACUCAGACCGGUGGUGUCCCGGUUCCAACUGAUGGUGUUCCAGUGCCAACCGAGGGUGUCCCUGUCCCAACUGGCGGUGCUCCAGGUUCCACUUCUGGUGUCGAGCCAACCCAGAGCACUCCUGGAGCCCCUGCCUCAUCUGGCCCUGCCCCCACUGGAUCUGUCCCUGCUCCAGGUGCCCCAGCUCCUCAGCCACCAGCUCCAUGCCCACCUGUCGUUCCUAAGUGCUUGAACACCUGGAUUACCAUCCCCAAGUGCAGCUCUAACAGCGACAUCAGCUGCUUCUGCCCAUCCUCUGAGUUCACCGACAAGGUCAUCCAGUGUAUCCGAGCCUGGGGAUCUUCUGAAGCUGAGGUCCAGUCCGCUCUUACUUACUUCACUGCCAUCUGUGCUGCACACAUUCCCAAGAACCCUGGUAUCGUUACUGCCAUCCCACCAAGCAUCACUCUCGGCCCAGCUCCUCCAACCUCUGUCCCCGGUGGCCCAGCUCCUACUACUAUGCCACAGACCACCAUUGAGGUCCCACAUAUCAUCACUGAUACCAACGGCGGCGUCACUAGCACUAGCACUACUAUCACCAUCCCACAGAUUAGUUUCACCACUGGAACCGGCCCUAACCCAAGUGUCAUCUUGGCUCCUGGCCCAGCUCCUGCCACUACCACCACUGAUGGCGGUGUCUCCCCAACCCAGGUCCCCGGUAGCCAGGCUCCUGGUGGCUCUCCACCAUACGCCAGCACUGGCUUCAUGACCAUUUCCCAGACCGGUGCUAUACCACGCCCCACUUCUACCACCGAGCCCUACAUCGGUGCUGCUUCUAGCCUGGAGGCCCUCUCCUCUCGAUGGAUCAUGAUGGGUAUGACCGCUAUUGUCGGCAUGCUUCAGUUCGCUCUCUAG